AUGAGUCCUCACGCCGAGAUCUCAUCGGGCUCGUCGGAAAGCCCUGCGCCGGCUGUACAUAAAGCCUUCAAUGGCUUCGUUCCCAAUGCUCUGGAGGAGAGCCACUUCCCCGCAUUCGAGAACCGCUCCCAUCUUCGCUACACUCCCCAGGAAGAGUUGCACGAUUUGAUAUGCGUGGGCUUUGGCCCGGCGUCUCUCGCUAUCGGCGUCGCUAUACAUGAUGCUCUGGAUGGAACAGAUGCUUCGCUGAUGGAUGUGCCUGGUCUUCAGGGCAGGCCGCCAAAGGUCGCGUUUCUCGAGAAACAAACUCGCUUUGCAUGGCAUGCGGGUAUGCUACUUCCCGGGGCAAAGAUGCAAAUCACUUUCAUGAAGGACAUGGCUACGAUGAGGAAUCCGCGCAGCGAGUUUACCUUCAUCAACUACCUGCACCAGAAGGAUAGGCUCGUGGAGUUCGCCAACCUGAAUACUUUCCUGCCUGCGCGUGUCGAGUACGAAGACUACAUGAAGUGGUGCGCGAGCUGGUUUGAGGAGGUUGUCUCGUACGAUCAGGAAGUUGUCAAUGUCAUGCCUGAGAAGUCGGCCAAUGGUGAAAUCAAUGCCUUCACUGUUACGUCGCGCAACAACCAGACGGGCCAGAUUGAGCAGCGGAGAACAAGGCACGUCGUUAUUGCUGCAGGUGGCAGACCUAACAUCCCCAAGCCGUUUCCCUCGAACCAUCCCAAGGUGGUCCAUUCGUCCAAGUUCAAGUACAUCUCCAAGGCGCUCCUGAAGGACCACCAGGCGCCGUAUAACAUUGCAGUCGUAGGCAACGGCCAAAGUGCUGCGGAAAUUUUCGACUUUCUGCACUCAAACUACCCUAAUUGCCGGACACGACUGUUGAUCAAGGGCAGUGCUCUACGGCCCAGCGACGACUCCCCGUUCGUAAAUGAGAUCUUCAACCCGUCUCGCACUGACUGCACAUACAACCGCGCGCCUAAGCUGCGCAGCACAACACUCCUCGAAGACAAAGGCACAAACUACGGCGUUGUGCGCUUGAACCUCCUCGAACACAUCUACGAAACAUUGUAUAUGCAACGCAUCCGCUACGGUAAUACGGCAGAAGCUGAAGCGCAGUGGCCCCACCGUAUCCUACCCUAUCGCUACGUCGUCGAGUGUGAAGAGUCUCCUGUGCUGAAAGACGGUAUCCGUCUGCUCGCGCGGGAUCAGAGCCCGUUGUACUUCUCCGACGUGCCAGAUGCGAUGGAGAGGAAGGAGGUCUUGGAUGUGGAUGCAGUGUUUGUAGCGACAGGCUACUACCGCGAUCUGCACGAGACAUUGCUGAAGGAUGCAAGACACCUUAUGCCCGGUGGGGAUCUAGAGGCGGCCAAGUGGACAGUGCAGAGGGAUUACCGCGUCAACUUUGAGAACAAGAGUGUCAGUGAAGACGCGGGUGUGUGGCUGCAGGGCUGCUGUGAGACGACGCAUGGGUUGAGCGACACGCUGCUUUCUGUGCUUGCGUCGAGAGGCGGAGAGAUGGUCAGGGCUAUCUUCGAGAAGGGGCCCAAGUGA